AUGUCUGAUUAUCUGGUCACUGUUGGCGGGCAAGCCAACAUGCUGAGGCACGUCCGGCUAAUUCCUGUCAAAGGUAGAGGGGUCAUUGCUUGGUGUCUCGCCUCCACCGACCCUAGCGACGGGCUACCCUCGAAAGUGACAGAUGUCGAGAUGAUCGAGAAGCUGAGCCCAAAUUCUAUCUUCGCAGCGCUACCUCGGUGGUCUUUGCAUGACAUGUACCAAACCUCCACUUUGCCCGUGCUCACUCCUAUGUUCUCUGCGAACGCCUGCGCCUUGAGACAAAAGCUUGUCGACUUCGGGAUGCUUUUAUUCGUACACCUCCGACCCUCGUACUUGCUCGCGCAUAACGACUCGAAGCUAUACCACACCUCGCUCCAGAUCUCGGUCUCGUACACGCGCUGCUUUGCGGACCCGCCGGCUCAAGGUGCACCAGCAGCUCUCCGCCGCCUUCGCGUCACUUCAGGCCAGGCGAAGCUCUAG